CAUUGCGAUUAUGCUCCUCGUGGAUACUCCAAAAUUUGGAGAGUACGAGUUUUGCGUUUAUUUAUAGCGUGUCUCUGGACAUCAGCGGCUCAUAGACACCGCAGUUGAAUGACCGUCUCAUCGUUCUGGUAACGUCAAUUUGCCAUAAAAUGACUCGUGUCCUGAUUUUCGUGUCGGUUAUUUUCCUGGCGUUGUCGGUGUCUCUCUGUCAAGGUAAAAAAUGUGACCCUCGGAGGCCAAGAUGCAAGACAAAUGAAAUCUGCGUGAACAGACAGUGUGUGUGUGAGCCAGGAUAUGUAGGGAGAAACUGCGAACUUUCAGUCGUUGAAACCCUGAAGAAUAUUUUGCUUCCCUCCAGCUACCAUGCGCCUGCUAAAGGGCCUCAAAAUUAUAAUUGUGCUAGCCUGUUAAAAUCCAGCAAAAAUUCCAAAAAGGGACCAAAGGCAUCCAAAAAAGGAUCAAAAAAAUCUAAAAAGCACAGAAGCCGUAGAAGUAAAAGUCGCAGUAAAUCGACAAAAAGUAGCAGCACGAUCAACAUGUUUUCUAACAUCUUCCCUGAAAUCCGGGAACUUUGCGGGUGUCCACGUGGCUUCAAAGGGUUCCCGGCUUGCAAGAGAGAUGUCAACGAGUGCGUCGAUUUCCAGACCGUAGGACUUAAUCCAUGUAACACAAACGAGCAAUGCAUCAACACAUACGGGACCUACAAAUGCGCUUGUCAACCAGGCUAUACAGGCGUGAACUGUAACCAGCUGGUGAAUUUUUGUGAGUCGACGCCAUGCCAAAAUCAAGGAACAUGUCUUCAAAGUCUGAACGGGUACAGUUGUAAUUGCAUGCCCGAUUUCAGUGGUCGCCAUUGUGAGAUCGACAACAACAUGUGUAGAUCGUCCCCAUGUCAGAAUCAAGCCACUUGUCAAAACAUGCCAAACGGCUAUGAUUGUAAGUGCUUGGACGGUUUUAGUGGUCGCCAUUGUGAAACCGAUAACAAUAAAUGCAGGUCGUCGCCGUGCAAAAAUGGAGCCACUUGUCAAAACCAACCCAAUGCAUACAGUUGCGUGUGUCCACCAGAUUUCUCUGGUGCUCUUUGUGAAAUCGACAACAACAAAUGCAGGUCAUCGCCAUGCCACAAUCAAGGGAAAUGUAUAAAUAAACCAGAUAGCUACAGCUGUACGUGUUCUAAAGAUUUUACGGGGAAUUUGUGCAAAACAGAUAUCAAUAUGUGCAGGUCGUCCCCAUGCUUAAAUCAGGGAACGUGUCAAAACCAGCCAAAUGAUUACAAAUGUGUGUGUUCGCCCGGCUUCAGCGGAAGAAAUUGUGAGAUUGACAACAAUAUGUGCAGAUCGUCCCCAUGCCAAAACAAAGGGACGUGUCACAAUCAGCCAAACGGAUACGACUGUGAUUGUCCCAAGGAAUUCAGUGGUAGACAUUGUGAAAUCGACAACAACCAAUGCAGAUCUUCCCCAUGUUUGCAUAAUGGGUUAUGUAUGCCAUCUCCUAAUAAUUACAGUUGCGUCUGCCUGUCCGGCUACAGCGGUCGAAAUUGUGAAGUAGACAUCGACCAGUGCAGGUCUGCUCCAUGUUUGCAUAAUGGGUUAUGCAUGUCGUCUCCGAAUAAUUACAGUUGCGUCUGUCUAGCAGGUUACAGUGGCCGAAAUUGUGAAGUAGACAUCGACCAGUGCAGGUCUGCUCCAUGUUUGCAUAAUGGGUUAUGCAUGUCGUCUCCGAAUAAUUACAGUUGCGUCUGCCUGUCCGGUUACAGUGGUCCAAAUUGUCAAGUUGACAUUGACCAGUGCAGGUCUGCUCCAUGUUUGUAUAAUGGGUUAUGCAUGUCUUCUCCGAAUAAUUACAGUUGCGUCUGUCUAGCAGGUUACAGCGGUCGAAAUUGUGAAGUAGACAUCGACCAGUGCAGGUCUGCUCCAUGUUUGCAUAAUGGGUUAUGCAUGUCGUCUCCGAAUAAUUACAGUUGCGUCUGUCUAGCAGGUUACAGUGGCCGAAAUUGUGAAGUAGACAUCGACCAGUGCAGGUCUUCUCCAUGUUUGAACGGGGGAACAUGUUCCAGUGCUCCCAAUGCCUACACUUGUUCUUGCGCUGCUGGAUGGAAAGGGCCCAAUUGUCAGCACGAGGCGUGCACCAAAAACACGUGCAAGCAUGCGUCGACGUGCAGGGAUACAUCAACCGGGGUAACCUGCACGUGUAGCCCAGGUUGGAAAGGCCAGUACUGCGACGUUAAUAUAAAUGAGUGCAGUUCUUCGCCUUGCUUGAAUGGUGGGUUGUGUUUUGAUCAGGCAAAUGAUUUUUUCUGUUUGUGUGGCCAAAGUUUCACGGGGAAGAAGUGCGAAUCACAGAUAACAACGACAACAGUUCCAACCACCACCACCACCACUGCACUACCAGACCCGUGCACCCCAAACCCUUGUCCAUUACUAAAGGGAUCACCGAUCACUUGUCAGAUAAAGCCUGGUGGCAAACACGAGUGUGUUAAACCACAAGAUUACUGUUUGGAGAACAACACUCUUUCAAAGCAAGGAGAAAGAUGGGAUGAGGGCUGUGAGAGAAAAUGUUUGUGCGCGAAGGCGAUAGUCAACUUUAUACAUUGCGAGCCAAUGUGCUUUGACUGGCUGAAAGUUGGUAUCCCCAAUGGCUGUCGUCUGGUCCCGCCCAUGCCCGGGAAAUGCUGUUCUGAAUUGAAUUGCUCGGGUUUCACUCCUCCGCCAUAUCUGUACGACAAAGCCCGUGGUGGUAUCUACAAUCUGAACAUUGCUUCUGAUAGGGCUCUAAAGGCAAAGCGAAAAUGGCGCGCAUCCUGUAUUUUUGUUUCGGUAUUUUUACUAGCAUUUUCUCUCUCUGAGGCACAAAAGUGUACUCCUCGACAACCAGACCAAUGCGGCGUAAACGGAAUUUGUCAAUCAAAGGUAUGCGUGUGUAAAACGGGAUACGCGGGAUAUAAUUGUGACCAGACUGUUCUGGAGGCAGUAAAGAAUAUACUCUUUCCGGUCCCAAGCUCUGCGCCAAAUACGUUACAGCCUGCGAAACCUCCAACAAAGAAAUCCAAGCAGUCCAUCAGCACAGCAGGCACUCAACAAAUCGUCUACAACUGCGCGGGGCUGUUUGGCACACACACUACUGGAACUAAAAAACCUGCCCCCAAACCAUCCAAGAAAACAACUCCCAAGACACAAGAGUAUGCCAAUUCCACGAAACCAACUCCCAAGACACAAGAGUAUGCCAAUCCCACAAAACCAACUCCCAAGACACAAGAGUAUGCCAAUUCCACGAAACCAACUCCCAAGACACAAGAGUAUGCCAAACCCACAAAACCAACUCACAAGACACAGGAGUAUGCCAAACCCACAAAACCAACUCCCAAGACACAAGAGUAUGCCAAUCCCACGAAACCAACUCCCAAGGCACAAGUGUAUACCAAACCCAAGAAACUAACUCCCAAAUCACUUGCCAAAAUGAGUGCAUUGCUUGCUCCUCAGAUAGAUAGUGUAUUUCCCGAAUUCCAUCAACUAUGUAAUUGCCCGGUUGGAUACAAGGGUUAUCCCAGUUGCACAACUGACAUCGAUGAAUGCAAUGAAUUUAAAGCCCUCGGAGUGACACUUUGCAAAGAAAAAGAAAGGUGUAUAAACACUAUCGGCAGUUAUAGAUGUGUAUGUAGGGAGGGAUAUCAAGGAAUCAACUGCGACCAAACAGUUAAGUUAUGCCGGAAUCAUCCGUGCCAACGGGGUACCUGUAAAAACGUGUGGAAACCCGACCACCCUGACUACAGGUGUAUUUGUCCUGCUGGUUUCACCGGGAAAAAUUGCGAAACAAAUAUCGACGAAUGUCAGUCUUCGCCGUGUCAGAACAACGGAAAAUGUUCUGCCGAAAUCAACGGCUAUAGCUGUAAAUGCAGCGCAGGAUUCACGGGCAAGGACUGCUCCAUCCCACCUACAGCGUGCUAUAGCCAACCUUGUAAGAAUAACGGAAACUGUCAAGAAAGCUUUGGGACUUAUACCUGCGUGUGAGAUGAAAAGCUAUGGAGCUGUAAAAUGAAAUCAAUCUGAAUUAUAGGCCUAAUUGGCAAUUAAUAUUAAUUAUAUGAUAAUAAACUCAUUCCUAAUUGCUUUAGUUACCAAAGUGUUCUGGACCUAUUUUAUUUGUUUAAGAACUACAUAUUGAUCUUUUCAACAUACAAUUAUAUCGAAAAUUUACGUAAAGGAUGAAUACCUAAGAGUUUUAUUUGGUUUUAUUUAGUUUUAUUUUAUAGCAUCGGGUAAUUUGCAUGCAUCAUUAAGGGCCUUGAACCAUGAUAAAAAUUUAUGAAAGUUUAGAAAUGAUAGGAAUAACUGCUCAACGUUUCUCUUAACCCCAAAUAUUAAAAAAACGAUAAUUAGCAUUUGGUAUGUAUUUCUGAUAUAUAUAUUUUUAAAAACCAUCACUCUUGGGUCUUUUUCCAAAAUGCCGCUGUACGCGUGUUCGAAAAAAAAAAA